CACCAAAGAGGAGAGAGACGAAAAAAAAAAGCAAAAAAGGGAAGAGGAAACAGGAGAAAUCGGGAGGGAUGGUGAACAAGGAUUAGGGCUGGCUUGGAUUUCAGAUAGCGAGUGACUCUGGAAUUCUGGCGUUGUCUUUCUCGACUUGCUGUCCGAAAAUCUCUGAUAGAGAAGAUUUGAACAGGCAGUUAUGUCUUCAGAUACUGCCAAGGAAAAUGCAUCUGUUGUUGAUUCAUCUUUGACUGAAUGGAAACAUGACAUAGGGAACUCCGAUGAUCCGGAGAGUUCGACUUACAGAGGCAAUGAAGACAAUAAUCCAUCUAAGGUAGAAGUUGGACGAGGUAACUUUCCUGACCAGGUUGAGAGUUCAAACGUGAAUAAGAAUAGUAAACCGGCCUAUAGAACAAGAUAUUUCAUCAUCAAGAGUCUGAAUUAUGAGAAUAUUCAAUUGUCGGUCGGGAGAGGGAUUUGGGCGACACAGGUCAUGAACGAGCCAAUAUUGGAAGAAGCUUUUCAUAAUUCUGGUAGAGUAAUUUUGAUUUUCAGCGUGAACAUGAGCGGUUUCUUCCAAGGGUAUGCCCAGAUGCUGUCACCUGUUGGGUGGAGGCGAGACAAUAUAUGGAGUCAAGGAGGCGGCAAAAAUAACCCAUGGGGACGAAGUUUCAAAGUAAAAUGGCUUCGGUUGAGCGAGUUGCCUUUCCAGAAAACCCUUCAUCUCAAGAAUCCUUUAAAUGAUUACAAGCCUGUCAAAAUUAGUCGAGAUUGCCAGGAAUUACCGGAAAAUAUCGGUGAGGCACUUUGUGAGCUCCUUGAUGCAUACAGCUGUGAUGAUGGGUUGCUGAAUAGUUCUUCCAGGGAUGAUCAUUCAAAAUGGUCUCGCCAAGAACCUCCAUCUUCCUCGGGAGAAGAAGACUAUAAUAACAUGUCUAACUCUACCAUACCAUGGGGCCAGACAGCGAUGCCUUACCCUCCUGUGGUCUACCCGAAUCAGGAUGAUGUAAGCAGAUUUCACUUUGCACAACAGAAGGGAUUUGGGGCAUCUGAAUAUUUCCAUGCUUCAGGUGCAUCUAACUCUCGUGUGGAGCAAGACAAGUCGUUACGAUUCAACUCAUGGGGUUUGCCUGUGGAGAGCCCUCUCGCUAGUACCCUGACCGAGGAUGAUUUUCUUGACAUGUCUUAUGAAGAGUACCUCGAAGCCCACAGCAGAAGCAUGAAACAACUCGGUCUUCCUGUCAGUUGUGCCACAAACAUUGACCGGACGUGGGGGCCCUUCAAGUAAAAGACAUGACCAGGAUGACACAAGCAAUGGUUCGUCGAAGGACCGGUCGCCAUCAAGGAAGAGGGGGAGACAGUGAAGAUCGAAUCAAAGAUCUGUGAGGAAAAACGCUGUGUGAUUCAUUGUAAGAUGUUGUCAUGUUGUAAUUCAUGUUCCUUUAAAUCUUGUCCGGAUGUUCAUUGCCUUCUGUUAGAGAACCAGAAGAAGAUGGGGUCAACUGCUAGGAUUCUUUCCUUGGGGUUUGCCAUGAAAACUUGUACAGUGUUCGAAUUUGGCAUAAACAUUGGCACCACCAUCUUCAUAUUUGUAUGAUGUAUCCCUUGCCUCGUGCGAGCUUC